CCCAGCUUUAAAGUAUUACACCAUGUUUAGCCAGUGAGAGCUCACUGAUCGUCUUCAUCAUGACCAUCAUCAUCUCUCUGCUCCUGUUGGCCUCUCUGCUGCCACACCUGACCUUCACUGCUCAUGUGAAUAUGCGUAUAAUGAAUGGAAAAGAAGUCAGACCCCUCUCCAGACCUUACAUGGUUUCACUUCAGAAGAGUGGGAAACAUUUCUGUGGUGGAUUCCUCAUUUCUGAUCAGUUUGUCCUGACUGCCGCACAUUGCUGGAAGGGAUAUGAUAAUCUGAUGGUUGUUGUUGGUGCUCAUGACUUAAGGGACAGCAAGAGUUCAGAUCACAUCUCAGUGAAGUCCUACAUCCCUCAUCCAGACUAUAGGCCUACAAAUAAACCUCAUCAUCAUGAUGCUGACAUCAUGCUUUUGAAGCUAAAGAAAAAAGUCAAACUAAACAACAAGGUUGGAGUGAUACCAUUACCAAAGAAAGGAGAAGAUGUCAAAGCAGCCUGUAGUGUUGCCGGCUGGGGAAGACUGACUGGUGGCUCAAGGAGCGAUCUUCUGAUGGAGGCAAAAGUGUCCAUAAUAAAUAACAACGAAUGUAGAAAUAGAUGGGGAGAAUUAUACUCAGUUUCAAAGAUGAUUUGUGUAUAUGGACGUGGUGGAACCUACAAAGGGGAUUCAGGAGGUCCUUUGGUUUGUGGAAACACUGCUGUUGGUAUCACAUCCUUCGGUUCACGUCAUCACCGUAAUACACUUGAGCGUCCUAAUGUGUAUACUAAGAUUUCAAAAUAUAUUCAGUGGAUCAAGAAAGUAGUCUGGAAAUGUAUAGUGACUUCAUGGAAACUAAAAAAGGAAGAAAUGUUAUUCUUGAAUUCUUCCAUAAACGUUCUUUCAAUAAAAGUAUCACAUGGCAAGCAUCAAUUAUAGUCAAAGUGUUCUCAUUGUCACAACCAUAUAUAAUUUAGAC